UUCGACGUUGUACUGGAACGACGCCGGCUGGCAGAAUUAGGCAAAGUUUGGGAGAAAGAUCUUUUUGAAUAUAAAGCUAUUGCCACACACUUGGACGCUCUCGGUCGCUAUACCGAUUCGAAAGAAUCCAGCUUUGGAGAUUGUUUAGACUCUAUGGAUCGCUUAGCACUUCUUUCAUGUUUUGGACGAGGGAAAAAUCGCUUAAAGGCGCUGCUUGAACAGAAAGAUAAAAGGAUGCACCUUAGUGCCUCUGUUAUCCUUUGUGAAAUUGACGAUGAAGCUCCAACGUAUCUAAGAGAACUUUGCAAGAAUGAAAAACCAGAUACUCAAGUACCAGGCACUGUUAUUAUCAAAUAUGAUGCCAUUGUUUCUGCGCUGUUUAAGCUCGGAGCCGUAGAAGGUCUAUUUGACCUGCUGGCGAGUCGUCAUGAUCCCGUAGUAGUGGCAGGUUUAGGAAUAUUAGUUGCUUUAGCGCUUAAUGUGAAAGCCCAACAGACAAUGCAAAGGCUGGGUGUAUGGCGAGAGCUGCUGAAGCUAAUGAAGCGGGAUGAUCGUGUUAGAAAACGCGAGUCGACAAAGACAAGCGUCGUACGAAGGGAAAGUAUGGCGCAGGACACCAUACUAGGAAAGUGUAGUGGUAGGAUGGCCCGUGCGUUUUGAUGGGGCAAUUUACCCCCUUAGUUAUACUUCCGUUCGAGUUUAAAAACCUUCGUAGCAACGAUUGCCCCACCUCAGAGCUUCGCCCACGAAGUCUGAGGUGAGGAUCUUAUACCUUCCUUAUUUUAUGUGAUAUACUUACUCUGUACCUAGCAUUUGGUUUAUAUUAGGUACGCGAAUACAUUCUCAGAGCUUCGCCCACGAAGUCUGAGC